UAAUCUAGUACUAGUAGACCUUUUAGGUUAUAAUCAACUAAUGAUUAAAGGCUAAAAAUUGGUCACAGCUUAAUCCUAAUUUUUUGUUAAACACAUCUAGUAGUAUGGCCAAAACUAAAGAAUCAUAUUUGUCAGAUGACUCCAGUGACGAUGAUGAUUCCGAAGACUUUCAGGGUGGUUUUUCUUUAGACGCAAACAACCGAACUAGUUUUAGCGAUUACGAGACAAACAGGGCCAGUUUUAGUCUCAGUGAUUUUGAAAGUAACCGGUUGAGCUUGAGUGAACAUGAAAAUCCUCUCAGUGACUCAGAAAGUAACAAGGAUUUCUCGGAACACAAUGACAACAAUCAAGUUCAGUCUGAAUCCAACAGUGAAGAAGAAAGCAAGCCGUAUUACCAACCCAGCGCACCACCAGAUUAUCCUACAGAAAAAGUCACAUUUUACAAAUACGGAGAGCCGACAAAGGUCAUUCACAAAGCGACGUCAAAGCACAAACAUGGCUCUAAAAGAUCUUCAGACAGCAACCACCAUGAGAAAAACCAUGAAAGCAAGAGGUCAAAGUUUGAUGACCUGGCUAAACCAGUCCAAGUGCAAAGCCAGGGUUAUGACAAAGCAAAAGCCAUGAUGGAGAAGAUGGGGUACAAGGAGGGCAGAGGACUGGGUAAGCAUGCUCAAGGACGAGUAGAUCCAGUAGAGUUGUCUAGACAACGUGGUCGGCGAGGUCUUGGCCUCACGCUGCCUGGCCUGGAGCCUGCCAACCUGGACUGGGACUCAUCUAUGGAGGUAGUCAAGGUGGAAGAGGAACCGUCAUGGCUGGAGGGGAGGGACCUACCCCCUCUGUCAGCCUCCACCCUACACAGCUGGAAGGAGAACGGCCCUCGCAACCUUAACAUUGAGGAGUUCACUGACUUCUGUGAUCCUAACAUUCUCACCAACAUACUUAGUAAAAAGAGUAUAUUUGACACUCUGGAUGGGGAAGAGAUGAGACGAGCAAGGACAAGAAGUAAUCCGUUCGAGACAAUCGGCAAAGGAAUGUUUUUAAAUAGAGCGGCCAUGAAAAUGGCAAAUAUGGACAAAGUGUUUGACUUCAUGUUUACAUCACCCAAGACACAAACUGGGGCACCAAUGGUGAAGGAUGACGAACUGCUGUAUUUUGCUGACGUUUGCGCCGGACCCGGUGGAUUUUCAGAGUAUGUCUUAUGGCGGAAAAAAUGGAAAUCUAAAGGAUUUGGAUUUACAUUAAAAGGAGAGAACGACUUCAAACUUUCAGACUUUUUCUCUGGGCCUUGUGAAAGUUUUGAGCCUUUUUACGGAAAGAAGGAUGAUGGAAAUAUUUUUGACCCUGAGAACAUUAACAGUUUGAUGCAUUAUGUGAUGGACCACACAAACCAGCUGGGUGUACAUUUUAUGAUGGCAGAUGGUGGAUUCUCCGUGGACGGACAAGAGAACAUUCAGGAGUUGUUGUCCAAACAGUUGUACCUGUGUCAGUUCCUGGUCGCCCUGUGUAUUGUCAGGACCGGCGGCCAUUUUGUUUGCAAACUCUUUGACCUGUUCUCCCCCUUCAGCGUGGGUCUGGUGUACCUCAUGUAUCAUGCCUUCGAGAGGAUCAGCAUCCACAAACCCAACACAAGCCGACCCGCCAACUCUGAGAGGUAUAUUAUAUGCCAGUGGAAGAGGGACGACUGUGAACCUACGAGAGAGUAUUUGUUUGAACUCAACAAAGAACUUUGUCGGCUUGGCUGUGCAAGCAAAGAAGACAUCAACUUUUGUGUGUCCAUGGACGAACUAACACAAGACAACGCCUUCUUUGACUAUAUUGUCACAUCAAACAAUGUACUAGGAGAGAGACAGAUCGUCAAUCUGAUAAAAAUCGCAGCUUUCUGUAGAGACACAUCCCUAGUUGAGACGAGACAAGCAGAAAUCCGACGGGCUUGUCUGGCGUACUGGCAGAUACCUGAUGUUGCAAGGAGAGUUGACAAAACCACAGCUGAGGAAAUGGUGAACCGCUGUGUCGGAGAGAGUAAUCAACAGUUUUUACAAUCACAAGAAACGCCAAUUAAGACUGAAGAGAGUUUGAGUGUAUUUAAGUCCAUCUACGACUGGCAUUGUAUACCAAUUGCCUGUCCAAAAGAACUAUACUUCUUUGUUGGCCUGGGUCGCAACAGAGUGUACAGGUCGACUGUUGGAGGCAAGUACUGGAAGAAGGUGGAGCAGUCUGGACUGGAGCUGAGUCCAGGAACACUGGUGCUAGGGGAGAUGGUACAGGAGGUCCUGGGGGAGUCCAAGUCUCAGGUGAAGAAAACAGCAUUUCACAUUGUGGACGCUGUCAGUCUUGGGGGAGAGGAUGUCAGUCGAAAGCACUACACUGACAGAAUCAAAAUGUGUCAUUUGUACUGUGAAGCCCUCAAGAAAGACACAAGAAUGGACCUCUGCCGAAUUAGAACCAAGAUGGUCCACUACCUUGAAGACUUAAACCUUCUGUUCGAAGACUUAACCGUAUUCCUAAUGAAGAAUGGAACUCAUGAACUUUUGCUUAAGACUGAUGACUUUGCAUACCAGCCUAAGGGUGUUAUGUUCUACAGAGCUACAAAAGAUCCCUGGAUGAGAUGCCUUAGCAAGUCAACCCAACUCUGCUACUUCUACAAACCUGGGAUAAAAACAUCUCUUUAUGACAAAGACCGACCCACAGAAGCCUGCACAUCAGCCAUGGAGUGCUAUGAGAACAGAGUGGUGUGGUGGUGGGAGCAGGGGGUGGGUAUGUAUAGGGAAGCUCCAAGAGAAGGAGUCCUCCACAAAGACACCCUACAAAGCGUCAUCCUGAAGAAGGCUGGCAGAUAGCAUAAAAUAAAAGACUGUUUCAUUGUACAAUUUCUUAUAUAAUGUGAAUAAAGUUCAUUCCAUUUCAUUAAA